UCCACUUUAAUUUAAAUGUAUGUAGCCACAUUCCUCAAAUCAACCCAUCACUGCUCUCCUAUAUAGACUUGACUGCAAGCUGAUUGAGAUCCCAAAUUGUAAGUUGCAGUUCCAAUGGCGAACAACAAAGGAUUGAGCUCACCAUCCCAACCCCAGAUUGAGCUUGUGGUUGAUGUAUCCAUUGUUGCAACCCCAUCUGAUCAACAAGGCCUUCAGGGCAUUGUUGAGCGAUUGAUUUCACCUAUUUUGACUAGGUUCCAUGCUGGGUACUUCAGGAUCAGUCUCUCACUCUGCAGCCAGGCCUUAUUGUGGAAGACCCUUGGAGAGCCUAGCGACGACGCUCAUGCGAUUCGUCACAUUCUUCACACCCUGCCGUCCACUGCCUUUGUUCUUUUGUGGUCAUUGGCUUUGUUCAUAUUGGCCUCACUUUCUCUCAUCUAUAUUCUAAGGUGCUUGUUUCAUUUUGAAUUGGUGAAGGCUGAGUUCUUGAACGAUGUUGGAGUAAACUACUUGUUUGCUCCAUGGAUUUCAUGGCUUCUCCUGCUUCAAUCCUCCCCUUUCAUUGCUCCAAGGACUGUGUAUUAUACUGUACUUUGGGGCGUAUUCAUUGUCCCGAUAGUGGUGCUCGAUGUCAAGAUAUAUGGCCAAUGGUUCACCAAGGGAAAGCGGUUUUUGGCGACGGUGGCGAAUCCAGCUAGCCAGCUAUCAGUGAUUGGGAACCUGGUUGGUGCAUGGGCUGCAUCUCAAAUGGGAUGGAAAGAGAGUGCAGUUUUCUUAUUCUCAUUAGGCAUGACACAUUAUCUAGUCCUCUUUGUCACACUUUAUCAGCGAUUAUCAGGGAGUAGCUCACUUCCCGUAAUACUUCGGCCAGUUCUCUUCCUCUUCUUUGCAGCUCCAAGCAUGGCAAGCCUAGCAUGGGACUCCAUCAUCGGAACUUUUGAUAAUUCAUCAAAGAUGCUCUUCUUCUUAUCGCUCUUCCUCUUCAUGUCCCUGGUUUCUAGGCCAGGCCUAUUCAAGAAAUCGAUCAGGAAGUUCGACGUGGCAUGGUGGGCUUACUCUUUUCCUCUCACAGUCCUAGCGCUGGCUGCAACAGAGUAUGCACAAGAGGUGAAUGGUGGUGUCGCUCAUGCCCUAAUGCUGGUGUUGUCCAUACUCUCAGUUCUGGUGUCUCUCCUCCUAAUGGUCUUCACUGCACUCAAUACUAAUAUGCUUGUUACUGGAAAAGAUGAUCCUGCUCUAAAUGAUCCCAACGAUGGUUGCACAACUUUGCCAUGAAAAUCACUUCUCAUCUCCAUUGCAAGCUAAGAAGGAAUCAACAGCAACAACAUGAAGGAAGUCUCAAUCAAUGACCCAAUGUAAAUUUUAACAUCUUUUUUUCUUUUCUUUUUUUUUCAAAUUUGUGUGUCAUUAGUUUUUAAUUGUCAU